AUGGCUGUCAUGCGUCUGGUAGUGGGUUUUCCAAUGGUGGCAGCAAUAGCUAAGAUGAAUUACUAUAGUAGGAGGCGGCUGCCUCCAGUGCUGCGCAAUCACGACGCUGUCAAACUCAUCACGAGCUGCUCGGCCGCUCAUAACGUUCACAACACCUUUGAUCGGCGCAUGGACGACCCAACAGCACGAAUCAAAUUCCGCUUCUCCGUGCAUGAGCUCGUGUUGUUAUGUACCAAACUUAGACUACCAGAGCUCAUUAUCACUGUGUGGAACGACAAAGUUGAGGCUAUCGAAGCCAUGACAAUCACCUGCCGCCGCCUGGUUGAAACGUGCCGCCUCUUGACCAUUGCAAACGAAUUUGGACGUUCCAUGGAGGACUGCAGCCGGAUCAUUCACACCAUCGUGAACCAGCUGCACCGCUCAUGGAGCAGGACAAUGUACUGUACUUCCACGAACAUCUGA